AAACCCCGAAUUAUUUCGCGUCAAGCUUCCUACCGAAAGUGAACAAAAGCUUGGAUUGACUUUCUUGGAUUAUAAUAUCUUGGGUUUUCAAAUUAUUAAUGUAUUUCUUGGGUCAUCUCACUUCUUUCUCGUACAACACUCGACGCCAUAAUGGUAGAAUGCCCAAUUUGUAGCAAGCAAGUCCAAUCCGUCAAGAUCAACGAUCAUAUCGAUUCAGGAUGCCAGACUUUCCUUAUUGACGCCUCGGCGUCCUCGUUCUCGUCCCAGAUACCUUCGGCUACACAAACAAAUGGCGCCACGUCAUCGUCGCAGAAGCGACCGGCGUCCAGCUUCUUCCAUACCCCAUCCGCCAAACGGCAGUCAACACCCACCAAAGCGACUACACCCUCGGCUAACGGUGGUGGAAUACUAGGCGGAGCGAAAACGAACGGCGGUACGAAGCGUUCCUUCGAUGAAGGUCCCGGAGAAGAUUCGCCUAUGCAAGAUGCAGGCGCCAGGACGGAGAAUAUAGUACCUAUUGAGACCGGUCGGGUGCUGAAAAGGACCAAGACGAAUAGAGCAGCCCCUCUCGCUGAGCGCAUGCGACCACAGAAGCUCGAUGAAGUAUUUGGACAAGAUCUUGUCGGCCCGCACGGUGUUUUACGAUCAUUAAUAGAAUCUGAUCGGGUACCAUCCAUGAUAUUAUGGGGUGCAUCUGGCACAGGCAAAACUACGAUUGCGCGCUGCAUAUCAAACAUGGUUGGCUCCCGUUUUGUUGAGAUGAAUGCCACGAGCUCUGGUGUAGCGGAAUGCAAGAAGAUAUUCAACGAUGCGGCGAACGAGUUGGCGUUGACCGGAAGAAAGACGAUAAUAUUCUGCGACGAGAUACACCGCUUCUCCAAAUCGCAGCAGGACGUAUUUCUUAAGCCUGUUGAAGCGGGGACGAUAACGCUCAUCGGCGCAACAACAGAGAACCCAAGCUUUAAAGUCGUCAAUGCACUACUCUCGAGAUGUCGAACUUUCACAUUACAGAAGCUGACGACGACGGACAUCCAACUCGUCCUAUCACGAGCAAUACAAGCUGAGGUUUCGGCUACUUCUUCACCGCCCUCUCCUCUUCUUGACGAGGAACUUAUGAGCUAUCUUGCCAACUUUGCCGAUGGCGACGCGCGAACAGCACUCAACCUACUGGAACUAGCUAUGUCUCUAGCGAAUAGGGACGGCAUGACAAAGGAAAUAAUUAAAGAGUCACUUACCAAGACACUGGUAUACGAUCGUGCUGGCGAUCAACAUUACGAUACAAUCUCUGCGUUUCACAAAUCUGUCCGCGGCUCCGACCCAAAUGCCGCAUUGUACUAUCUAGCCCGCAUGCUCCAGUCGGGAGAGGAUCCAUUAUUCAUCGCGCGGCGAAUGGUCGUGAUCGCAUCUGAGGAUGUCGGACUGGCAGAUAACUCACUCCUUAGUCUAGCAACCUCGACAUACACUGCAACACAGCAGAUCGGCAUGCCGGAAGCUCGCAUCCCUCUAGCUCAUUGUGCCGUAGCGCUCUCGCUCGCGCCCAAGAGCACACGCGCCUAUAGAGGAUUGAAUAAUGCAUUUGCGGCCCUCAAAGAACCGGGAGUAGCGUCUUUACCAGUGCCGAUUCAUCUACGAAACGCGCCGACGAGGCUGAUGCGGGAGCUCGGAUACGGAAGGGAAUAUAAAUACAAUCCCAACUACAAAGACGGCAAAGUGAAGCAAGACUAUCUUCCUGAUACGCUUCUUGGGCGUACGUUCUUAGAAGACCGAGAUUUGGGUACUGAGAUCGAUCCAGACCUAAUUAUGGAAGACUCUUGAGAUUUCCAGAGUAUAAAAUGAAUUAUACAACUCCCGAUCUUGCAUUUUCAAGAUCAAAAUCGAGGGAACGAGGACAAGCAAAAUGCUAUGUAUAAAGGACGAUACGACAAUAGCGGCGAUAGGAUAUCCGCUCAUGUAACUACAGCGCCGUCAAAUCAGGAUAUAUUUAGACAUGUGUAAAUGUCCAUUAAACAAAAUAGAUAAAACCAAAUAAUUCCGC